AUGGCGCGGUGUGCGGCUCCCUACGUUCUCUUCCGACAACCCGCUUUCUCAGGCACUUCCUCCCAUCUUCUGUCGCUCACCAUCUUUCUUCCCAUUUGCUCACGUCAAGACCACGCAAAGAUGAGCUUCGUCACCCGCCGAGGUCUCUCGACCUUGAUCCCUCCAAAGAUUGCUUCCCCCAACGCCAUUGGUGCUGCCAGAGAUGCCGCUCGCAUGGACCGCGUUGUGAACUUCUACGCCAAACUCCCCCGUGGUGCCGCUCCUGAGGUUAAGCCCACCGGCCUCAUCGGACGCUACCAAGCCCGCUACUUCGGUAGCAAGCCUUCUGCUGCGCCCCUCGCCCACGCUAUCGGUGGUAUCCUCAUCCUCGGUUACAGCAUGGAAUACUACUUCCACCUGCGUCACCACAAGAACCACCCCCACUAA